AUGUUGGAGCAGGAGAAUCAGGCGAACACGCGCCUCAGAGAAGAGGCCGUUCGUUUAUCUGACCUACUUGAGCGUCUGCGGCGCAAGCUGUCGGCUUUGCAGUCGGAUGAUCUGCCUAAAGCCAUGCAAGCGCGUGAUUCAGCUAGGGAGAAAUUGAAACAAGGCAGCGCGAUACGAGAAAAGGAGCUUGAACAACAGACUCAAAAGACCAAUCUUCUUCGUGAUUUAAAGAAACGAGUGGAUCAAGUGUGCUCCGCUGCUUCCAUCGGCUCCCUCACCGCCUCUGAAAACUCUCUCUCGAAUGCGCGACAGCUCCUAACCAGAUUCGAUCAGAAUAUAUCAAAUCUGCAAGGUGCAUUUGACCGGAAAUCAUCGGAACUAGAGCUCGCCCGCAAACGGCUAAACGAGCACAAGCUUCGCCAGCGAGAGCUCGCCGAUUGCGUGCAAAUACGGCAUUUGCGGAGUCAAUCGAAUCAGCUCUGUGUUCGUAUCUCACAACUGAAUUCACGUAUGGAAACCAUUAGUUCUUUCGCUGGGAGCGAUCAGGAUUUGUUGGCUCAAACAAAGUCAUUGUCCCGGGAAGAGGAAAAGCUGCUUUCAGAGAAACAAACCGUUAUGAAUCAUAUUGGACAGCUGAAAGCCAAGCUACAGUACCUAGAACGGGAUAUGAGAGAGAAGUAUGCGGAUGCUGAUAAAGACUAUCUGGAUAUGAUGUAUCAGUUGAAAACUACUCAAUUGGCCUGCUCCGACUUGGAACGAUAUUAUAAUGCUCUCGAUCGGUAA